CUUACUGACUUCAAUCGACUAAUAUGUAUAGUUUCAUUUCAAAUUAUACGCAUACUUUAUUAGAGAGAAGUAUUUUCGCGAGCGCAAGAUCCUCCCUUCUCUCUCUCUCUCUCUCUCUCUCUCUAUAUAUAUAUAUAUAUAUAUAUAUAUAUAUAUAUAUAUAUAUAUGUCCAACUUUAUAAAUCAAUAUAUCGAGUUGCAUAUGCAAAUAAAUGUUCUAACUUCAGCUUGUAAAUGAGCGGACAAACAUGCAACAAUCUCCAUAAUUUCACGUUGAUACGUGUGUUUCCAUCUAACCUGGUUAAAAUGUUUCAAAAUUAUCGUCGUUUGGCUCGCACGUCGCUCUGGUGAUGCAAUCAUACCGAGAAUUAACAGAUUAUCCAAGUUCUUUUUUUUCGGAGAAUAAAACAUACAUGAAAGACCUCCACGCCCCUCCUUGUGAUGAUGAACGGGUCACUCACGAUAAUGGGUGCAAUAGCCGCCAUGUCACUCGUUCUUUUCAGCGUCGUAGCUUAUCGCCUCAGCUCUGUAGUGGACGGUAUCGCCUCGUCGCAUAUCACUUUAUCAAAGGACAAUAGCUCGCUGGAAGAGGAUUUUAAAGAUAUUCUGCAGCUCAUUCCUCUAACCGAGAUACAAUCGAUUGUUGACAAUUAUCUGAAGCACGAUCCCCAGAUCGAGGAUACAGUGAGCUUCAUCGAAGAUCAGAAAAAGUUUAUUGCCAGGGAAUUCCAACGAAUGCCACAACUAGCUCGUCUCACGAGCUUCUUGGCGGAAAACGGUUUGGAAAUCAAUAACUGGCACGCCAAAAUUCAAGAUAUCUGGAAAACGAAGGCCCCCUUCAUUAAGUCGGAUCCGAGCAUUGCCACAAGUGGUCUGAGCGUGAUGAUACAGAAAAUCCUAAACACUAUGCCGAAGGAUCAUCUUCAUAAAUUGCUGCAGCGAAAAGCGAAGUAUUCCGGUAGCUUCCGCAGAUUUCUACAAACGCUCAAGUCCAAAGACUUUGUGGAUCUCUGCGAUACCGUCGAGAAGAAUACUGUUUUACAACAACAUAUUUUCUGGGCGAGACAAGAGGGUAUCGAAAUUACUUUCGCCUUGGAAUUCUUGAAAAAUUUAUACGUCUACAUCACUGAAGAUAUUUGUGAUAUUAUUUAAAGAAAUAUAAUAUAUAUUUCUAAAAACUCUCUUUAUGAUAAGCCGCUUUAUCUCGGGGAACUUUAUUCAUUACAAAUAAAUAUAUAUUAUCUUGUCUAAAGCAGACAAAAAAUCGAAUCAUGUCUUCGUGAUUUUUUGUUCUGCCUAGGAUCAUCACUAAACGAUUUUGUAGUAAUUAUUAUCAUGUUUGAUAUAAAUUAUCAAAUAUUACCAUUGAAACGCUCAAAUGCACUUGUUAAGGCUCCUUAUACCUCGCCAUCUAUGUCAAAUUUGUGAUGUCAGAAGCAAGUAAUGACAUAUGCUGACGAAAAUUGUGUAUCAUUUCUAA